AUGAAAAAUCAAUAACUCUAAAAAGACUUAGAAGCAUUUCAAAAAUAACUUAAAUUAGCAUUACCAUAAAUAAUCAAUUAAGCUAAAAAAGAUAUUUGUCAUUCUUAAUACUUUGAAAGUCUAUUUAAAGAAUCUAAACCUAAUAAUAUUUAAGAAUUAUAUUCUCAAAGUCUUCUUAGAUUAGAUCCUCAUAUAUCCAGAUAAUAACCACAAUUAGAAGAUGAUAUCUAAAUAAUUAAUGAUUUUAUCCAUAUAUAUUUUGAAACUCAUUUUUCUACUUUAUAGAAAAUGAUGCUACUUGAAAAAGAAGUGAAAACUCAAAUGGAAUUAGAAGAUAUCUAAACAAUAGCAAUUAAAGAAAGUAAGUAAUAAUUCUAAUAUUUAACCUAAUUAGAAGUAGAUUAAAAUAAAGUUUUAGAAUAUGAUACUGCAAAUAUGAAAGAAAUUUGUCUUAUAUUAAAGAAAAAAUAUUAUAAAAUACCUACAUAACCUAUUUGUGAUAAUUGUUUUUGUGGUAAUUAAUUACAUUACAAUUAAGUUGUUUAAUGUUAAUUAUGUGAUAAAUACUAUCAUGUUAAAUGUUUAGACAAAAGUUAUGAUGAAAGAUAUGUUAAUAAUUUUACAUGUCCAAGAUGUACUCUAUAUAAUAUGGAUUAAUUCUGUGAAGUUAUUUCAACACUUGUUGAUCCAUGUCCAUUUAAAAAAAAUGGUUUAACUAAUUCUAAACUAGUUAGAUUUAAAACUGAUUGUGAAAUGGUUGACAUAAGAUGUAUUAGGCUUGAUUCUCCUUAAGCUGCAUAAGAAAUUACUUGGCCAGAUUUAGGAGAAAUUUAAUUAAAUGGUAAAAAAGUAUUUGAUUUUGUUCCAUUAAGUUAAUAAAGCUGUUUACAUAAAAGAAAAGAUGAAAAACUUCUUUGUUCAAUUCCUAAAAAUGAAGAAUGCACUCUUAUAUUUAAAGAAACUAUACCAGGAAUUGAUUAAAAAAGAAAGUUUAGAAUUAUUGAUGAAUAACUCUAUUAUUUUGCAAUUUAUAAAACAAAAUAAUACACAGCGAAAUAAUUAAUUGAUAAAAUCAUUGAUAAUCCUUAAAAUUGGAUGAGUUUAGAAUAAUCACAAGAUUUUGUCAUUCUCUAAAUCAAUUAUAGUCCUGCCAUUAAAAUAAUUAAAUUGCAUAUAUCUUUAUUAUGUUGUUUUAGUUCUUCUCUAAUGUUAACUCCAGUUAGAGGAAUCUAUUGUACUCAUGUUUAAUGUUUUUCUUUAGAAAGUUAUAUACUAAUGUUAGAUUAAUAGCUACCAAGAAAAUGGAGAUGUCCAAUUUGUAAAGCUAAAAUAUUUAAAUUAUAAAUUGAUGCACUAUAAUAUGCAAUUUUAAAAUCAAUCAGACAAUUAGGUUUAUAAGAAAAAUAUUCCUGUAUAUCAUUUGAUUUUUAAGGAAAUAUUUUAGAUGAAGUAAUUUCUAAAUCUAUUGAUUUUAAUAAUAUUCCUGAGAAUGCCAAAUAAAAUUAUAAUAGAAUACCAUAGUUAGAAAAAUUAAGUAGUUCUAAUAUUGAUAAUGAAGAUUUUGAGAUUUAAAGUAAUUCAAAAUUAAACAAUCAUAAAUCUAUUGUUAUAAUAUANAUGAUAUCUAAAUAAUUAAUGAUUUUAUCCAUAUAUAUUUUGAAACUCAUUUUUCUACUUUAUAGAAAAUGA